GAACUAAGCUUAUCCUCUGUUUCCAUUGUCAUCAUUUUUCAUCUAACAUCUUGAUUUAUUUUCCAUUUUAUAAUCUGGGUUGUUUCCGAUAUGGGAUUUUGGGUUAUUUUCUGAUUGGUGCAUGAAGUUUUUUCAGAUGAUCCUAGAUUGGAUUUGACAGCUACCCAGUUUGUCUUUGAUCGGAUUCUGUCUAUAAUUCAUAUAGAAAGAUUAGAUGGAAUCAGAUCUUGGUAAACUCUUCAUCGGUGGGAUAUCUUGGGACACCGAUGAGGAUUGUCUCAAGGAGUAUUUCGGGAAGUAUGGUGAAGUGGUGGAGGCGAUGAUAAUGAGAGAUCUUGUCACCGGUCGUGCCCGUGGCUUCGGUUUUGUUGUCUUUGCUGACCCUGCUGUUGCUGAGAGGGUGAUUAUGGAUAAGCAUAUGAUCGAUGGUCGUACGGUUGAGGCAAAGAAGGCUGUCCCUAGGGAUGACCAAAACAAUUUAAACAAGAACAUUGGUGCCAUCACUAGAUCUCCUGCUCCUGAUCGCACAAAAAAGAUUUUCGUGGGAGGUUUAGCAUCUACAGUCACGGAGAGCGACUUCAAGAACUACUUUGAUCAGUUUGGUACAAUUACCGAUGUUGUAGUGAUGUAUGAUCAUAUCACGCAAAGGCCGAGAGGGUUCGGCUUCAUCACUUAUGAUUCAGAGGAAGCAGUAGACAAAGUCCUUCAUAAAAAAUUUCAUGAACUCAAUGGGAAACUGGUUGAGGUCAAGAGGGCAGUCCCUAAAGAACUAUCUCCAGGCCCCAGCCGUAGCCCCGUUUUAGGAUAUAAUUAUGGUUUGAAUAGGGCUGCCAACAUCCUCAAUAGUUUUUCUCAGGGAUAUAAUCUAAGUCCUCUAGGAGGCUUCGGAGUCAGGAUGGAUUGUCGGUUUAAUCCUCUUACUAGUGGCCGAAUAGGGUUUCCUCUGUUUAACACUACCGGAUAUGGAAUUGGUAUGAAUAUGGAACAAGAAAUGAACCCAAGCUAUGGUGCGAGUUCCAACUUUGGCAACAGUCUGGGGUGUGGGCGGAUAAUUAGCCCCUAUUAUAGUGGGAAUCCAAACAGGUAUAACACUCCUAUUGGUUAUGGUGUCGGGAGUGGAAGAAAUUAUUCUAAUUUGAGCUCUCCUACUCGUAAUGUCUGGGGAAAUGGAAGCCUUAGCAAUCCCACAAAUGUUUCUGUUCCUGGUGGUUACUUGGGGCCUGCAGGUGGGAAUUUUGGUUCUUUGGGAAAUAGCAGGGCUAAUUGGAGUCCUUCUCUGCCUAAGCAAAGUGGAGGUGAUGCUUCUGGUUACACCGGUGGGAAUUCUGGUUAUGUGAGUACCUAUGAUAGCAUUGGUUUGGCAAGGGCAGGAUAUGGAAGAAACAGUGGAACUGUUGCAGCUCCGAUAUCAUCAUUUGCUGGACCGACUGGUAAUUUUGAGGGGCCCUAUGGGUAUCUUUACCCUGGUGGUUCAGUUUAUGGCGACCCAACUUGGCGGUCUGCAACUCCUGACUUGGAUGGUUCUGGCUCAUUUGGGUAUGGGCUUGGCAAUAUGUCCUCAGAAGUUGCUGCAAGAACACCCGAGGAUUAUGUUGGAAGUUUCAGUGUUGCUAUUACAGACUGAUAGAGGAAUUGCUGCCUAGGAGAUCUGAUAUUCGGAUAUCAGAAGUAAUAAUGUAGGGUGAAUGAAUUUGUGAAAACAGGCUUCAUUACUAUGUCAGCUUACAAGGAAAUUGAUCGUAUAGCACUAACGAGGGUUAUUGAUUUGAUAAUACAUUCGAAGCGAGCAGUUUACAAGGGAUUUUCUGUAAGGUUUGAGAUCCGAUUCGAUUUGAUUUUUUUGUUCUAUUUUAUUUUGGUAGCGAAUGUUUUAGGUUCCUUUCUUGACAUUUGAGUGAGGUGUACAAUCAGAUUGCGGGAUAUACACUCCGGAAGAUUGGUUCCGAUUAAUACACCAUGCAUCCCCGAAAAACUGUACUGGUAGUGGCACAUCAAACAAUAGGUUAUUAAUAUUUUCUCCGGUUUUUCUUUAUAUAACUCUUUCAGCUGCCAGAAUGCCUGGCUGGGUUGCUUCUUCUUGUC